AUGUUCAAAAAGUUCAACCUGCAGGAGACCAUGUCUGGCCAGAACUCGGUCAAGUCGUCGGUGGUCCGCGGCAUCCGCACCAAGCUGGUCGACCAGUUCCCGGAGCUCGGCCCGUAUGUCGACGAGAUCCUGCCCAAGAAGGCCAACCUCAUCCAGGUCAAAUGCAAGGACCACAUCACGCUCUUCGCCAUCGACAACGAGAUCCUGUUCUUCCAGCACUUCAACGACCCGAUCACGCCCACGCUCCGCCUGCUGCACCAGUUCCCGAACAUCCUGCCGCACGUGCAGGUUGACAGAGGCGCCAUCAAGUUUGUGCUCAGCGGCGCCAACAUCAUGUGUCCGGGCCUGACAUCGCCCGGGGCAAAGCUGCCGGAGAAGUCGCUGCCCGUGGACACAGUCGUGGCCGUUAUGGCCGAGGGCAAGGAGCAUGCGCUGGCGAUUGGCGUGCUGAAGAUGUCGACCGACGAAAUCAAGACCAUCAACAAGGGCAUUGGAGUCGACCUGAUCCAGUACCUCAGCGACCCGCUGUGGAAGACGCACCUGGACUAG